AUGGCCCCGACCUACGAGCAACCGCGCGCCGACCUCGACGUGACCCUCCCUCCUCGACCCUUCCUCGCCCCUCACACCGCCCUCGCCCCGCGCGCCUACACCCCGACCGCCCCCUUCGCACCCGCGUUCAACUCGGCCCUGACCGCCACCGCCUCGUUCGCCUUCUCGUACGUCAACCACUCUGUCGCCAACCUGGUCGAGUCGCGCGACUCUGGCCUCGCGGGCGCCUCGGGCGGCUGCGCUGCGGGCUUCAUCACCGGGCUGCGGUCUGGCUCUGUCCCCGCCGCCAUGGGCAUGUGCGCUUUCACCGGCGCGCUCGUCGGCACGUACGACCUCGCUGGCGGGCAGCUCGGGUGGGAAAAGGGCCGCAAGAUGCGCAGCGAGAGGGAGGAGGACCGCGUCAGGUUCUUCAAGAAGCGCGACGACGUCGAGGCGACCGAGGAGGCGUGA